GAGGGGCAAUAGGGGGCGGGGAGGGGAGGGGCGGGGGCCGCGGCGAAAAUGGGAGGGAGAGGGGGAGGCGGCGGCGGCGGCGGCUGCGGGGACGCUGCAGACAAAAGGAGCCCGCGUCCUCCCGAGUGGGGCGGCCCACGCGGGGCCGGCAGGCGCAGCGAACUGCCAACGGCCGCGUCCUCCGCGACCUCAGUUUCCCUCCGCGUCCCCAGUUUCCCUCCGCGUCCCCGAGCCCACCCCUUCCUCUGGACACCCGGAGCCACCCAAAGGCCCUGCCCUGCCGGAGGAUUCCGCGGGGUCGCGCCCCUUUACGCUGCCCGUGCCCGCUGCCGCGCCUGGCGUCUCCCGAGCGCUCAGGAUGUCCUGGGGGCCUCCUGCAUUGGCGCGUUCCGUGACUGCAUUCAUCCCGGAGGAAGCUGAGGCCCAGAGAGGUCGGACUCACUCUAGGCCACACAGCUGGCAAGAGGCAGGGCCGGGAUUCGCUGCCAUCUCUGGAGGGCUCUGGACUCCGCUCUUCACCUCGGCGCUGCGGUCUCCCGGCGCUCUCCUGCAAGACAGCACUUGUGGGGCCAUCGGGCGGGGGAGGGCACAGAGAGGAGGAGCAGGCAACUGAACCCCAGCCUGGACCCGGGACCCUGCGACGGGGAGAUGAGGAGAAAACCAGGAUGAGGCCGGAGGGAGGAAAAGCGAGGCGCUUCCAGAGGCCUGCCUGUUCAGGGCCCAAGGUUGCCCCACGCCUGGAAGAGGCUUCCUCCCUUUCCCCGGGUUCCCACCAUCACACCUCCCUGGCAGCCCGCAUGCCCCAAGCUCAGAGAAUCCAGGACAGAAUCUCUGUCCCGCUGGCCGCAGGCUUUAGGUCAGGACCGUGGCCUCCUCCCAUUAGUGCUCAGCGGAGCCUCCACCCCAGCUUGUGCUAACUUCCCAGCCCAGCCUCGGGGCCCUGCAGGACCCGGCCGGGCUCUUCUCUCCACCUUCUUGCUCGGCACAUCAGGUCUUUGUGGCAACGACUGGCCCCAACCUAAAAAAAGGCCUUGGCUGAGUCUACUCCCACCUAUGCUGUCAUGCUCAGCACAGAGGUUUCCUCCUCCGGGAAGGCUUCUCUGAUGGCACGCCAUCUUGUCUUCUAUUCUGAGUUCUAAGCCCUUCUUCCAGGUGCCCAGUUAGUUAUUAAUUCUCUAGUGGGAUGCCCAUUUCCCCUACCAUGCUGGGAAGCCCUCCAGGGCAAGAUAUGUCUUAAUUACCUUCAAGUCCCUGAUCUCCAGGCAAGAGUGGGCCCAGAGGAAGCCCCACCCAGAGGGGAUGGGCCCGCCCAUUAUGUGAGGAGCCGGGAGCAACGUAGUGGCGCAGACAGGGAGUACGGGGUGAACUGCAUGGCCUCCCCUAGCUGGGCCUCGGUUUGUACCUCUGUGGUCUUCCGGCUCAACCCUGAAUAUAUCCUGCGCAGGGACUGCCAUUUGCCUUCUGACAGUGGGCGGGGACCUAUUCUUUCCAGCCCCGCUCCUGGGAUGAACCUGGCUUUUAGCUACUCUCCUUUGACCCUUCAGUUCGUCUGAGAGCCACGAAAGGCAACACCUCUUGGGAAGAGAGACCUGUGGUUCUGAGGAUUGAGGAGUCCGAAAUAGCAACUGAAGAUGAGAGCGAAUCUAAGCAAUGCUGCUUUCCCCCGACCUACCCUGCAAAAUGGAGGUGGAAGUGGAGAAUAAGGACAAACAGCUGGCAGGGAGAGACUGGCUGCUGGAGAUCCAGCCAGCCCCCUAGCAAGGAG